AUUUGGUCAUUAAACUGUUUUUAAAUUUUAAUAUAAAUCAGAGAAUCUACACAUUCAGUUUUUAUAGUUGUUUAUAAAUGUUUUUAUAUGUUGAUAAGGACUAGAAUCUACCUUCUUAUAUCAACCAUAUUUGUAAACAAGGGGAGUCUUUCAAGUUCUUUGUUUAGCAUUAGAGAUACCUUUUUUAUGCCUGGAUUCUUUUCUUCUUAUUCCAGAAUGAAGAGAAUCGGUACACACAACGGAUUUUUCCAUGCAGAUGAGGCUUUAGCAGUUUAUAUGCUUAAACUAUUGCCUGAAUAUAGAGAUGCGGAAGUCGUUAGGACCAGAGACCCUUCGGUUCUAGAAACCUGUGAUGUUGUAGUGGACGUCGGGGCAGUUUACGACCCAUCUAGGCAUAGAUAUGAUCAUCACCAAAGGGAUUUCAAGGAUUUUUUCGAUGAUGAACAUGAGGUAACGAAGCUGAGUUCAGCGGGACUUGUUUACAAACAUUUCUCAAAGCGACUGUUCAGGGAAGUUUACAAGGUUAUGGAUGAAGAAACAGUUGAUUAUUUGUAUAAAUCAAUUUACGACAAGUUCAUUGAAGCAAUGGACGCCAUAGAUAACGGAGUUCCAAUGUGUGACGGAGACCUCAAAUACAAAACAAACACUGAUCUGUCCACUAGAGUAUCCAGACUAAACCCUUCAUGGAUUGACAGUGAUGUUGCUGAUGUUGAUGAGCGGUUUAUGAAGGCAGUUGAACUGACUGGGCAAGAAUUCGAGCACUUUGUACAUAACGCUUUGAACGUCAUUUUACCAGCAAAAGGCCUACUUCAUAAAGCACUUGACCAUAGGUUCCAAACCCACAAAUCAGGCAAAGUGAUAGAAGUUAGGAAGUCAUGCCCAUUCUCGGAAUUUUUGUACAAACAUGAAGACGAAAAUAACGUCUCAGAUGAAGAUAGAGUACUAUUUUAUCUAACUUUUGAUGACUCAUCAAAUCAAUGGAGGUCAACAUGUAUAAGGGAAAAGGGCUCCCAAUUUAAAUCAAGGUUACCAUUUCCAGAACAUCUAAGAGGACUCAGAGACCAAGAGUUGGAAAAGGCCUCUGGAAUACCAGAUUUAACCUUUAUUCAUGCAACUGGAUUUACAUGUGGAGGGAAGACUAAAGAAUCUGUAUUAAAAUUAAUUGAAAUGACGUUGAGUCAGAAGUAA